CAUCAUCAACUGUCCUCCGUUAACAUGGACAAACCAACCACUGUGAAACAGGCGAUCGCCAAAUGGGAGAAAAAAUCAGAGCAGACAGCGAGCGAGGCUACAGAGGUAUUACUGUAUGGUCAGAUUCCUCCUCUAGAGAAGCUGGAUGCUUCUCUCUCCACACUCAGCAACUGCGAGAAGCUGUCUCUGAGCACAAACUGCAUCACCAAAAUAACCAAUCUCGGCAGCCUGAAGAACUUGAAGAUAUUGUCAUUAGGAAGAAAUAAUAUAAAGACCUUUGAUGGGCUGGACGCAGUAUCUGAUACAUUAGAAGAGUUGUGGAUCUUCUACAACUCAAUAGAGCAGAUGAAGGGAAUCCAGGGCAUAAUGAAAUGUGUGGUGAGUGACUGGGUGUGUCUAGCCCCAUCUGGUGGGCACCUGGAAGGGUGAAGCCAGAGUCAGAGA